AUGCCGAAAGGAACAAUCGCCCUCGAAGAGGCUGUCCUUGAGCCGGGAGGCAUCCCCCGGGUAGCACGAGAUGCCGCUCUCUUCGCUCCCGGCGCCGACAUGGCCAAACACCCCCUGACGGCCAAGCUCCAGGACAUCCAUGGGGAGCGCCUGCGCCAGAUGGACGCAGAGGGCGUGGAGUACAUGCUACUGUCUCUGACCUCGCCGGGACCCCAAGGCGAGGCCGACCCCGCCGCCGCGGCCACCAUCGCCUCCGAAACCAAUACCUGGCUCGCGGGCGAGGCGCGCAAGAACCCGGCCCGGUUCGGGGCGCUGGCGUCCAUCAGUAUGCACGACCCGGGCGCGGCCGCCGCGGAGCUGCGCCGGGCCGUGGCGGAGCUGGGCUGCAAGGGCGCCAUCCUCAACGACUACCAGACGGUCGCGGCCGAGGGCGGCGGGGAGGGCAAGGUCUACUACGACGGGGACGAGUUCCGCGUCUUCUGGAAGGAGGUGGAGGCGCUGGAAGUGCCGGUGUACAUGCACCCGCGCUACAGGACCGCGCCGGACCUGGACCCAGAGACCGGGGGCGAGUACUCCACCCGCAGGCACCUCCUGGGCGCCGCGGUGCAGUUCCACUUGGACCUGAGCUUCCACCUGUACGCGCUGCUGUCCUGCGGAAUGCUGGACAUGUUCCCUGGCGUCCAGCUGGUGGCGGGGCACCUGGGCGAGGGGAUCCCGUUCAACCUCUGGAGGGCCAGCCACUGGUACAACCAGCCCGUAAAGAAGGCCACGAGGCCGUCCAAGUACGACUACGAGCACUACUUCAAGCACAAUGUCUCCAUCACAACCUCGGGCUUCUACUCCACCUCGGGUCUCAAGUACUGCAUUAACGAAAUUGGGGCGGCUCGCUGCAUGUACGCGAUAGACUACCCCUAUGACACGAUACAAGAGGCCCAGAACUGGUGGAAAGAGAUUGACCUCCCGGCGGAGCAAAAGGAAGCCGUCGCUAGGAGCAACGCCAUCAAGCUUUUCAAGUUGCCGCUGGCGUUGUGA